UAAAGCGACGAGACCUUUUAAAAAAGAGAAAGAAAGAAAGAAAGAUUGGGCUAGGACGACUGGAUUUAUGCGAAAGCCCUUCUAUUCUCUUCUCUUCUCUUCUGUUGUUCCAUUCAGAAAUCUCGACUAUGGCUUCCAUCUAUAGCUGUACGGAAUGCGGAUCCAACCUGAACCUCAACUCUGCUCAUCUAUUUCCACCCGAUUUCUACUUUGAGGCCGGAAACAAUGGCACGACCUCCUUCUCCAUGGUCGACACCACCAAGUUCAGAUUCGAGAAGGAGGACAAGAUCAGACCCUUCUUUGAGACCAUUAAUUACUGGGGAAUCCAGAGGAAGAGAACCAAGAUCAAGUGCAAUAGCUGUGGCUGUUUAGUUGGCUAUGUCUAUGAUGACGGCCCUCCUCUUACUGAUAGUCCUGGUCAAUUUCACAUGGGACCGAGCCAGGUGAUUCCCAGAGCCCCCAGAUAUCGUUUCAAGACCAAAGCCCUUCGAAUCACAUCUCAAACUUGAAACGGAGCCGGGUUUCCUGAUUUUGGAUAUCCGUUAUGAACAAUAUGAUUUGAAUUUCUAUCAGCCUAUACUCGUGAAAGAGUUUUGUAUUAUACUUGUACAAAUUUUCAGUAGCUCAUACAUCUCGAAUCAAAUGGGUCAUGUUUUGCUGUUUUCCUCCGAAUAAAUUUGUUCUUAAUUCUUACUGAUA